GGAGUAGGAGUAGGACUAGCGUACAGGGCUAGCUAGCGACUACCUUAUCCGAACGCGCACGCUUCACGUCGCACUGCCAAGCUGCGAGUGCGCGCGAUGGAGGCGAAGCUGUCGGAGGCUACGAGGCGGGUGGCGCCGUCGCCCAUCCAGCAACUCUCCCACCUGGCGGAGCGCGUCGGCGCCGUCAACCUCGCCGAGGGCUUCCCCGACUUCCCCGCGCCCGCCCACGUCAAGGCCGCCGCCGCCGCCGCCAUCGCCGCCGACCUCAACCAGUACAGGCAUGUGCAGGGGAUCUGCGACGUCCUCGCCAAGGCGAUGAAGCGGGACCACGGCCUUGACGUCGACCCUCUCACCGACUUCGCCGUUUGCUGCGGCCAGUCCGAGGCCUUCGCUGCCGCGACAUUCGCAGUAAUCGACCAAGGGGAUGAGGUUUUGCUUUUUGAUCCAGCUUUCGAAACAUACCAAACGUGCAUUGAACUAGCCCGAGGUGUCCCUGUGUAUGUGCCAUUGGAUCCACCCUUUUGGAGUUUGAAUGAGGAUAAAUUUUUGAAAUCAUUUACAAACCGGACAAAGGCAGUGGUCUUGAAUAGCCCGCACAAUCCAACAGGGAAGGUUUUCACCAAGGAGGAAUUACUUAUCAUUGCUCAAGCUUGUCAGAAAAUGGAUUGUUUUGCAAUAACUGAUGAGGUUUAUGAGUACAUUACGUAUGAUGAGAACAAGCAUAUCUCAUUGGCUUCUCUUCCAGGAAUGCAAGAUAGGACCAUCAUCACGUCCUCGCUGUCAAAAUCCUACAGUGUAACUGGUUGGAGAGUUGGAUGGGCUUGUGCUCCAGCAAAUAUUGCCUCAGCAAUACGAAAUAUCCAUGUCAAGCUAACUGAUUCAGCUCCUGCACCAUUCCAAGAAGCUGCAUUGGUUGCUUUAACAAGCACACCAGACUUCUAUUCAUCCUUGAAAAAGGACUACACAGUUAGAAGAGACUUCAUCCUUCAGAUGCUCACAGAUUUUGGCUUUCACAUUAGCUUCAAGCCACAAGGCUCGAUCUUUGUAUUUGCUGAGCUUCCCACGUCAUGGCAAAUUUCAGAUAUGGACUUUGUGACAAACUUGAUCACCAAUGCCGGUGUGGCGGCGGUGCCUGGUUGUGGAUUCUUCCACACUAGUACUGGCGACUCAAGCUGCCAUCACCGGUACGUCAGGUUUGCGUUUUGCAAGAGCAAUGACACCCUAAACUCUGCUGCUCACAAGAUGAGGAAGCUAGCCGGCAGUGAUGCAAAGAUGCGACCUCUACUGAUGGACAAGCAAUUCAGAUAGCAUCAGCCAUCCCUACUUGAUCACAGCUAUCUUAUCUGCGUGCCAAGUGUCAUUUUGCUAUAAUUUUGGGGUGAUUAUCAAGUAGUAUUCAAGUAACAGGGCAGAAGUUUGUUGCCAGACCACACCCACAAGCAAAAUCUUCACCAAACAAUUUUGUUCUAAACGCUUUACCGAACUUCCAAAAUAAGUGUUUAAGCCCAAAUGGUCU